UGUUGAACUUUUGUGACUUCCCAUUGGCUGACGCUGCCUCUGUCUCCCUGCUUCCGGCUUUGCUAGUUUGGUUUGUUAUGGGAGUUCUUGAUUUUUACCUGACUUGAGUGCCUUUGGUGAAGUCGCAACAUGCCAGGAGCCCAUGACUUCAAACGAACUGGACGCCCCCAGAAAGUGUACUUGAUCUCGACCGACCAGUAUAUUCAGAGCCAUGAGGAAGGUCCCAUUUGCCUUCUGCGGGGGACAAUGUGUGUGGAGAAGCCUCUCAAGAGCAGAGGCGAGCUCGUGUGUAUAAAGGUACUGGAAAAAGCCAUCACCCUGUCAGUGGAGAGAACGGUUCUUCUGGAGGUACCAAGUGACUUUGUUGGCCUGUUGGAGCCGGUGGAACCAGAGACUCGCCUGAAACUACUAAGCAAUCCUCAGAAGUUGUAUGACUUGACCAGUUUGCCGAUCGGCACCCCCCUUUUGGUCCGCACCGGACCUGGGGAUGACUUUUCAGAGGCUGUACUCAAAUAUUUUGGACCUCUGACACCAGGGACCAGAGCUCGUUUUUUUGGGGUGCAGCUCUUGGGCUCAGCAGCGGGAAAAGGCAAAGGAACUGGAAAUGAUCUCUUCACCUGCCCAGAUGGAAGUGCCAUUUUUCUCCCAAUCAGCCACAUCCAGCCCCGACACUGGACCCGCAGUCCAGAUGGCCAAGAAAGGCAGCGUCAACCCCGCCGCAGUGUCACCCGUCGUCGUCCCGCAAACAUGCAGCCCCAAAGUAAUGGGCACCACUCGGAGCGCUGGCCCCUGCCACCCGCGCGUAACAGCCAGCCCCAGUCGCUGGGUGUUCUCCCCGGAGCGACUGAGCAGUCGCAUGCAGCAACUGUGAGUGUUGGUCAACGAGUUAGCAUGUCCGUGGAGGGCUCUACCGUUAGCGGAGAGGUGCGCUUCUGUGGUCCCCUGCCUGGUCGGUCUUCAUCUGAGACCUACGUUGGCGUCCUCCUGGACACUCCGGCUGGCGAUUGGGAUGGGCGUCAUAGAGGAGAGAAGCUGUGUCAAAUUCCUUAUGCCGCAUAUGGAAAGCUCCUACCAGCAUCUGAGGUGUUCCCAGAGUCCCAGCAUCCCAAAAUCCCUCCCCCUCAAGCUCUGAAAUCCAUCAUGAACACUUCACCAACCACGACCAAACCUGUGACGACGCCUACAUCUGCCCCCAAAGUGGCCCUGUUGCCCCCCAACAAAAAAAACCCAAAACCUGUUCCUCCGCCACCGCCACUCAAGCUGGCCCACAAUCACUUACCCCCGCCCCCUCCCCCACCACCUAAGCCAGCGGACAUUGUGAUCCCUGCAGUACGUUCCACAAACGGCAUGCACAGUCCACCCUCGCCCCCCAUGUCAGCAGAUGUAGAUGAGGCACAGGGAGAGCACACGGAGACCCUGGAGGUGGGCUCCAUGGUGGAAGUGAACGAUCCGCCCCUUUAUGGGGUGAUUCGCUGGAUUGGGAACAUUAGUGGCGUUCCAGAAGUGGUGGCAGGCAUCGAGCUGGAGCAGGAGCUGGCGGCCGGAACUGACGGCCGGUACCUCAACAAACGCCACUUCCGCUGUCCACCCAACAAGGGGCUCUUUGUCAAGCUUUCUAACUGCAGGCGGGAUUCCAGAUUUCCCGCUCCGGAAGCCCGUGUCAAUCAAGUGGAGCGCUGCAACUCCAUAGCCUUCGCAGAGUGGGGCAGCGAACGCGUGGAGGACCACACGCCUCCAGUGGAGGGUGAUGAGGCCAAGGAGCUGUACCAGGGCUGGAAGAGAGGCAUCCAGGGUCACCUCAACUCCUGCUACCUGGACGCUACGCUCUUCAGCCUCUUCGCCUGCUGCAGUUCAGCAGACUGGUUGUUAUUUUGGCCUUCGGAAGAGGACCAGAGCUCGAGCCGAGCACAGGACCUGCUGCGCUGUGAGAUCGUCAACCCGCUGCGGAGGCACGGCUAUGUGUGUGCCAGUAAGACCAUGGCUUUGAGGCGACUGCUGGAGGCCGCCAACAGAAACGCAGGUUUCACCAACCAGGAAAAAGAUCCGGAGGAGUUCCUCAACAAGCUCUUCCAGCUCCUCCGAGUUGAGCCGCUCCUCAAGAUCAGGUCAAUGACGCAAAAGCCGCAGGAGUGUCACCUCUACCAGCUCUUUCCGCCUCACGCUCCUCCUUCAUCGUCCUUGCCAUCCUUCCCUGAUGAGGCCCCCGUUUUGUUGCCCUCACCACUAUUCAGCCGCAUGAAGGUAGCUAGCGUGCAAACCCUGCUGGAGUCGUCCUUCCUCCACGCCGGCCUCAAGUUUGUGGAGGCUCCCUCUUGCCUCUUACUGCUCAUGCCUCGCUUUGGGAAGGACUUUAAGAUGUUUGAUGCCAUCUUGCCCACCCUUGACAUUGACAUCACAGACCUGCUGGAUGACACACUGAGGCAGUGCAGCAUCUGUCAGGCCGUCGCCCAAUGGGAAUGUGUGCAGUGUUACGAAGACCAAGACAUCACACCCGGGCAUCUCAAACAGUACUGUCACACCUGCAACACUCAGGUCCACCAUCACAAGAAGCGGGGCUCCCACUCCCCGGUUGAGAUUGGCAUCCCCGAAGCGGCGUUGAGUGGCCCAAUCAACUGUGCCCGUCAGCACAUGUCUCUCUUCGCCGUGACGUGCAUCGAGACAAGCCAUUAUGUCAGCUUUGUCAAAUACGGGCCUCUGUCCUCUGACUGGCUCUUUUUUGACAGUAUGGCCGACCGUGAAGGAGGUGAGAAUGGCUUCAAUGUGCCCCUGGUGAAACCCUGCCCGGAGGUGGGCGGCUACUUCAGCCUGUCGGAGGAGGAGCUUAGCAGAGUUGACCCCGCGACCUUCCGGGAGCCUGCUCGCCGGCUGCUGUGUGACUCCUACAUGUGUUUAUAUCACAGCCUGGAGCUGAGUCUCUACAAGUGAACCUCUCACAUCAGUUAUCUUAAAAUGUUCUUUGUGUUAAAAUCUUUCAUAGCUGUUUCUCACUUGUCAGUUGAAUGAGUUGAAAAUAAUUGAAGUAUUUAUUGAACACACUGUUUACAGAAUUCUAAUCGAUGUUUGUACAUGUACACGUUACAGUUUGCUUUGCACUGCUGAGAUGUCUCUUGAAUGUUUGCACUACAUUUACAGUUGCACACCAAAUUUAUUCAUUCAUUUUAUGACGCUUAUCCUCACGAGGGUCGUGGGGGUGCUGGAGCCUAUCCCAGCUGUCUUCAGGCAAGAGGCGGGAUACACCCUGGACUGGUCACCAGCCAAUCACAGGGCACAUAUAGACAACCAACCAUUCACACUCACAUUCAUACCUAUGGACAAUUUGGAGCCGCCAAUUAACCUAGCAUGUUUUUGGAACAUGGGAGGAAACCGGAGUACCCGGAGAAAACCCAACACGCUUGAGGAGAACAUGCAAACUCCACACAGAGAUGGCCGAGGGUGGAAUUGUAAUAAUUUGUAAUUUAUUAUUUUGUAAUUUAUUGUAAAUUCUAUUUCUCUGCAAUGUGUACAAACUUGCAGUAGUCUACAAUAAACCCAACAAAAUUAAAACAAUUUAGACAGCACAUCUAAUGCUAAAAAGUGUUUACGAUGACUAGUUAGUUUUUAAAUUGGUCACUUGAUACUUUUUAGAAAUGUUAAUGUUUUAACAUUGGUGUUGAAUAAUUUGUAUGCAUCUGUCAGCCAUGAGGUCCAAACUUGAAUUUUUUUGA